AUGUCAACUAGUUUGGGAAGGUCUGUGAAGGCACACUUGCAAAAGCUGGCUAUGGAUCGCCAUAGAUUCUCUUUACAAGAAGGUCAAAUUGAUGUUUUGCAGUGGAAAGGUCACUCAGUUGGGGUUGACCAGUGUCGAAUGAAGACGGGAUUCAUUCUUACAGGUGUGGGUGACAAGGUUAUGCGUCUCUGGUCAGCAGAGAGCUACAAAUGCUUGGAUGAAUAUUCCAUCCCAGAUAGUGCUCCCCUAAUUGAUUUUGAUUUUGAUGAGAGCAAGAGAGGGAUGCAUAGUGUAAGAGGUGUAAUCUAUAUUGGUAACGGUCAUUGGGAGGAAGAAUUGCACAUUCCUUUGAACAACUUGAAGGAAUCAAUACAGCUGGACUGA